AUAAAUACAUUACUGCCGCUCAACUUCUCUCUCUUUCUUUUUCUUCUCUAAUACUCGUUUUUUCUUUCCUGCUCCCCUUUCUUUCUCUCUCACACACUGCACACACUCCCAUACACAGACGAGAGAGAGAGAGAGAAAGAGCAUCCACCGUCAUCAUUUGUCAAUGCGUGUGUGUGUGUUGAGUGGAAUGGUGAUGAUAGUGAUAAUGAUGAUGAUGUUUUCUUCCAAAUCUCCUUUCUCUCUCUAGAUAGAUACAUAUAUUAUACGCCUCCAAAACUUGCGUGAUUAAUUCUGUUAAUGCACUUUGUAUGUAUGUUGUUAGAUUCACUUUGACGAUUCCACGGCCACUGAUUCCUGGAAGCGGAAUAGUUUCAUGGCUACAAGACGUGGAUCAAAGCCGCAAAAGUCUCAGAAAUUGACUAACGGUAGGCAGGCCAAUUCGCCUGCGUCGUCUACCACUUCGUCGUCAAAGAAGUUUCCAGAAACUUCCGUAGAUGGAUUGAGCUCGCCUGCAUCAUCGUCGGCCAGAAGCAAGCCGCCGCAGUACUUUUAUGCCGAGGGUUUGGGGUUGGAUGCUGAGAGAUCCAAAGAAAAUGUUACUGUCACAGUGCGCUUUCGGCCUCUAAGCCCCCGGGAAAUUCGACAAGGGGAGGAGAUUGCUUGGUAUGCGGAUGGUGAUACGAUAGUGAGAAAUGAGCAUAAUCCGUCUAUAGCUUAUGCAUAUGAUCGUGUCUUUGGCCCCACAACCACAACACGCCAUGUCUAUGAUGUUGCUGCACAGCAUGUCAUCAGUGGUGCCAUGGAAGGCAUUAAUGGCACAAUAUUUGCAUAUGGCGUCACAAGCAGUGGGAAGACUCAUACAAUGCAUGGUGAUCAGAGGUCUCCUGGCAUUAUACCAUUGGCAGUGAAGGAUGCUUUCAGUAUCAUUCAAGAGACUCCAAGCAGAGAAUUUCUCCUCCGAGUCUCGUAUCUGGAAAUUUACAACGAGGUUGUUAAUGACUUGCUUAAUCCAGCUGGACAAAACUUGAGAAUUAGAGAGGACGCUCAGGGAACCUUUGUCGAAGGCAUCAAGGAGGAAGUUGUGCUAUCCCCAGCUCACGCCCUUUCUCUAAUAGCAGCAGGGGAAGAGCAUAGGCAUGUGGGGUCCACAAACUUCAAUUUACUCAGCAGCAGAAGCCAUACAAUAUUUACCCUGACAAUAGAGGGUAGUCCCUGUGAAAAUUGUGAAGGAGAAGCUGUUACCUUGUCACAACUGAAUCUCAUUGACUUGGCUGGUUCUGAAAGCUCUAGGGCUGAAACUACAGGUGUGCGGCGGAAAGAGGGUGCCUACAUCAAUAAAAGCCUGCUAACUCUUGGAACUGUUAUAUCAAAGUUAACAGAUGGGAAAGCAACUCAUAUCCCAUACAGAGACUCCAAGUUGACGAGGCUUCUUCAGUCCUCGCUAAGUGGCCAUGGUCGUGUAUCGCUAAUUUGCACUGUCACUCCCUCUUCAAGCAACACUGAAGAGACACAUAACACAUUGAAGUUUGCACACCGUGCAAAACACAUAGAAGUCCAGGCAGCACAAAAUAAGAUAAUCGAUGAGAAAUCACUUAUCAAAAAGUACCAAAAUGAAAUACGUUGCCUGAAGGAAGAAUUAGAACAGCUAAAGAGGGGCAUCGUUACAGUUCCACAAAUCAAGGACAGUGGAGAUGACAUUGUUCUCCUAAAACAGAAGCUAGAAGAUGGUCAAGUCAGGCUCCAAUCAAGAUUGGAACAAGAAGAAGAAGCUAAAGCUGCUUUGUUGGGUAGAAUACAACGGUUAACUAAAUUAAUAUUGGUAUCCACAAAGGCUUCGCAAUCAUCAAGAUUUCCUCAACGACCAGGGCUGAGGAGAAGACAUUCCUUUGGAGAAGAAGAGCUUGCUUAUCUUCCACACAAAAGGCGAGAUCUGAUCUGGGACGAUGAAAACAUUGAUUUGUAUGUAUCUCUUGAUGGUAAUGCUGAAACCCCAGAUGAGACAUUGAAGGAGGAGAAAAAGACCAGGAAGAACGGAUUGCUUAACUGGUUAAAGAUAAGGAAACGAGAAAGUGGCACAGGGACUUUGACUAGCACUAGUGAUAAAUCCAGUGGUGUUAAGUCAACUAGUACACCAUCUACCCCUCAGGCUGAAAGUGUGAAUAUUCGCAUGGAAUCAAGACUUUCUCACUCUCUACCAACAGAAAGCACACCAUCAGCAGAGCAUUUAUCAGAGGCCAGACAGGAUAGAGAAUUGCCUGAGGAUAACUUUUUGGGACAGGAGACUCCCCUGACUAGCAUAAAGACAAUUGAUCAAAUUGACCUUCUAAGGGAGCAGCAAAAGAUUUUGUCAGGUGAAGUGGCACUUCAUUCAAGUGCUCUUAAGAGACUAUCUGAGGAGGCAAUACGUCACCCCAGGAAGGAACACAUUCAGGAGGAGAUCAGAAAAUUGAAUGAUGAGAUUAAUAGGAAGAAUGAACAAAUAGCUUCGCUGGAAAAGCAAAUUACUGAUUCCAUUCUUGUGUCUGAUGAGAAAUUGGAAAAACUAGAAGAAUCUCAAUCUCUUGCUGAACUCGUGGCACAACUGCAUGAGAAGUCAUUUGAACUUGAGGUUAAAGCUGCUGAUAAUCGAAUCAUUCAGGAGCAGCUAAAUCAAAAGAUCCACGAAUGUGAGGAAUUACAUGAAAUAGUUGCCUCCUUGAAACAACAACUGUCUGAUGCCCUGGAGCAGAGGAAGUUGAGCCCAUUGGCCAUCCACUCAAAACAACACAGUGAAAUCAAAAAAUUUUGUGCAGAACUUGAACAGAACGAAGUUUCAGUGAUAAAAGAUACAAAGGAAGCAUUAAUUCUUCAAGUCCAAGAAACAGAAAUUCGAGAACUUAAGAGGAAAGUGGAUGAGUUAACCGACUCUAAAGAGCAGCUAGAGCUUCGGAACCAGAAAUUGGCAGAGGAGAGUUCAUACGCCAAAGGAUUAGCAUCUGCUGCAGCGGUUGAGUUAAAGGCAUUGUCCGAAGAGGUUGCAAAACUCAUGAACCACAAUGAAAAAUUGGCUGCCGAGCUGACUGCGCAGAAAAGUUCAACCACCCAGCGCAGAACUGUUACUUCCACUCGUAAUGGCCGAAGAGAGAGCCAUGUUAAACAAGUUGUGUUGCCCCCAGAUAUCAAGAGAGAACUAGCCUUGAGCCGUGAGAGGGAGCUGUCCUAUGAAGCUGCUCUGGCAGAAAAGGAUCAAAAAGAGGCUGAAUUACAGGGUAUGGUGGAAGAAUCAAAACAAAGAGAAGCUUAUCUCGAAAAUGAACUUGCAAACAUGUGGGUUCUUGUGGCGAAGUUAAAAAAAUCUCAAGGCGCUGAAAGUGGUGUGCAUGAAUCUUCAAAAGAGGGCCAGAAGAUCAAUGAUCUUGAACUUUGGAAUGGUACAACGCAGGCAAAAGGAUUUUGAGAGCAUUGUUUGUAAUUAGCAGAAGGAUCAAGUUUCUCGUUUACUUUGUGUUGGUGAUUGGGAUUGGGUUGUCUAUUCCGAGUUCUCUUAGUAAUCAAUCUCCUGGUAGAUGUUGUACAAAUUAGGUUACCAUCCUUGCAAUGUUGUGUAGGUGGACUGUAAUAUCAAGGAGAUCUCUAUAAACACCUUUCCUUUUGGUAAUAAUAUCUAUGUGCUGCUGCUCCGAUCGUUUUUCUCUGAAGAUAAA